AUGGGGUUGCCCGUUCAGCUCAAAGAUCCCCAGCGCGGGAUGGGGCUUUCGCAGGCGAUUUACGAGGCCGGGGACGCCUCGCUCUUCGAUCCCGACAAGGUGGAGCAGCUGGAGGACGCGAUGAUCCACACCAAGCAGCUUUUCGCCGACUUUGUGCGCAAAAAGCGCGAGGGGCUGAGCACCGAGUCGGAGCGCCGCCGCCUGGCGAACCGAACGGCCGAGUUGAAUUUGGCGACCCAGCGGCACCUGGCGGAUUUGUGCAAGUACGCGCAGGUGAAGCUCCGGGGCCUCGCCCUGGCGGAGUCCCAGGCCGAGCUCCGGACGCUCCAUCAACUCCGGGAGCGGCUGGCGGCGCGAAAGGCGCGGGGCCUUUCUGGGGCCCCGGCCUCGAAGCCGUCGUCCUCGCCGGCCCAGCGCCGGGCGCGGCUGACGGCCUCGGUCGGGAAGGCGCUGGGGCUCGAGGUGGAGGUGAUGGCGGCCCUGCUCGCGGAGUUGGAGGCGCAGGAGCAGUUCUUGCGGUUCUGCGAGGUCUUCGCGCGGCUGACGCUCGGGGAAGGGUUUCGCCACGCCCCGGGGGACGAAGGCCUCGAGGCCUACACGGAAAGCCUGCGCAAACUCUAUUCCGCGGACCCCCAGACGCUCAGCACGCUGGAGGUGGUGCAGUUUAUGGCCGCCAAGGCGGAGGCCCACCCGGUGGAGUGGGCCAAGCGGUGGUAUGAAAAGGCCCUUUUGCUGCCGCUCCAACACACCCCGGAGUACCAACGACUGCGGGCGAUCCAGCAGGCCGACCAGGCGGCGCUGGCGCGGCGAACCGCCGGCGGGGAUUCCGCAAUUGCGGAGGUGGAAGGGGCGGAAACGGCGGAAACGGCGGCGGGCGACCCCGCAAAGGACGCGAUUCCCGCCGCCCCCCCCACGGCCCGCCGCGAGGGCGCCUCCGGCCACGCUGAGGCCCUGAAUCGCAGCCAACUCGCGGCCCAGGCCGCCACCGACGACGUGGAGCGCCUGGUGUCGAAGAUGUUCCUCCGGCCGGACGACCCCCGGCUGGAGGGUUUACACGAGAAACGCCUGCGCUACGUGGCCUAUCUUCAGCUCGAGCGGCAGAUCCUGCAGGCCCGCGAGAACGCCCGGCGGUUUGCCGGGGUCGAGGCGCUCCCCGAGGCCGCAGAAUGUCGGGCGCUUUAUCGCCAACUGCAGGCGCGCAAGGCGGCGAUGGCCCCUGAGGGGGCAGGGGGGUCAUCGGACGAAGAAACUCCGGCUUCGCAGGCGGCGUCCUCGGCGAACCUCUUCGCCGUGGACCCCGAGGCCGCCGCGAUCUUUGAACGGCUGCAGGCGAUCACUUCGCGGGUGAUUGCCGAGUACCGGGCCAAACCCCGGGCCGGCCCCGUUUCCCCCCUGAGCGGGAUCGCCAAACGCGCCCAGACGGUCGCGCGGGUGAUCGAGAAGAGCUUCGGCGGCCCUCGGCGAUCCGAGGAGGCCAAAAGGCAGCUUUGCGAGCAAAAAGAGGCGGUGGCCCGGCGAUUGUUGGGGGUGUUGGAGCGCGACGUCCUGUCGGAGGUCGCCUGGCUCGACGCGAUGGAGGAGGCGGAGCGCCCUCCUUUGCUGCCCCUUCCCGAGGGCAUGUCGUACACGUCGGCGGCCGACGUCCAGGCCUGGAAGGGCCUCCGCGAGGCCGCCGAGACGACGCGCGGGGAUCCUUUCGCGCCCCAUCGGCGGGCUUUUCAGCCCGCUUUGCUCGGCCAGGCGUGGGAUAUUCCGGACCGGCCGUUGUUGUUUUGGGGGACGGGCUCGAAGGUGGUCCAGCAGGCCCUCCGCCACGCGGCCGAGGACGCGGAGCGGCGGCGCCAGGGGGUGCCCCUUCCCCCACCCUAUCCUUGCCCGGAGAACCCGUGGGGAUGGCGGCUGGCGAAGGAUAUCCUGGAUGACUAG